GCUCUAACUUGAAGAAUCAUACUUUCCUCCAACAUUUGGUGCCCGAGGCCGGUGCACUGGGUCCAUAGCUGCCUUGGCUGUUCCCCAGCACUAGGGACGUGGAGCCGCCCGCUGGGAACAGCGCUGCGUGCGGCGGAAGGAGAAAUGAACCCUCUCCUUUUGCCAUGCCUCCCGAGCGCGCGUGCGCCCAAUAGUCCGCCACAUUCUUCGCGGGCACUCACCGCGCAGGCACCCUUCCACUCUCCCAGGGCGCACUGCGGUUGUUCGGAAGGGUCUCGGCCCCUUUGGAGCGUCACACGUCACAAUGCUCCCUCUGUCCAGUCGGAAGCCCCGCCGCGGGGCUGGGGGCGGGGCCGGAGCCCUGUUGCGCGCUUGUUACCGGAAACGGCAGUUGCUAACCUCUCCGGUUGGCUGCGGGGGAGCGGCCUGGCUCGCCAAGACCCACCGGCCGCCGCCCGGUCCUAGUGCCGGCCUUUCACCAGGCUCCGGGUGCUCUGCUCUGAUGCCCUCCCACAGCCCCCUCAGCAGGGGCCGGGAGACCCCGGUGAGGUUUUAAUGUACUGAUAUGAUGUGGGGAAGAAUCUUCUUUGAAAUUUCUUGAUUCCUGUAAAAUAAUUUUACUAUCAAAGACUAUUCAUUAUCCUGAGAACAUAGAUUAGAAGGCUGGAAAGUGGUAGUCAUGAGUUCCUCCUCUCCAAUCAAUCACAGUGUUCCUGAGAUCAAACGCUUGCAAUACGUCCAGAGUGAAUUGAGAUUAUUACAGAAUACCAGUGAAUUGGAUUUGGACACUACAGAAGAUCUAAGGAGGAAACUCUACCAAGCCAAAAAAGAAAAACUGGACAUAACGACCAAACAUAACCAAGAUCUGUCUAAUUAUGAAAGCCAGAUUGCCAAGUUACGAUGUGAAGUUGAGAAAGGAGAAGCUGUUCGACAAGGUCUAGAGUAUGAACUAGCUAUUGCUAGAAAGGAUGCUGGUCUUGAAAGAUAUUCUGCAGAAGAAAAGUUAAAUGAAGCAAGCAAACGACUUGGACAACUGCAAGCAAUUAAUGCAGAGCUUCAAAAGAAAGUGACAGAGACUGAGAGAGCCUUUCAUAUUGCUCAGCAGAAGUGGAAAGAGCAUCAGCAAAGACUUGCAGCUGACUUAGAGGAGAAAGAUAAAAUCCUCAAGACCUGUAACAGUGAAUAUGAAUUGCUUCUGAAGGAGAGGACUAAAUUGGAAAGUGUUCUACAGGAAACUAUGGAGCAUCACAAAGAACAAAGGAAUAUGAUGGAAUCACAGAUCAGGGAGACUACAUUUAAGGAGUUUAGGUUUCAGUCAGAACAGUGGGAAGCAGGAAGAAGAGACUUCCAGAUCAUGUUGCAGAAGUUUGGAAGACUGAGAGGUUGCAUGUGGAGACUACAGCUGGUGGAAUUUGGAAGAGAAUCUGUUUCAAUUUCUACUCCCUACAGUAUUACCUUUUCAACUCCGCUUACUGAAAUAAAAUAUUAUAGUAAACCUUGGGCUUCUUUUCAGGAGCGAAAUAAUGCAGUACAGAGUAUGCGCAAGAAAAUAAAAGACCUAGAAUUGGAACAUAAUGACUGCCCUGAGAUCCUGCGGCGACAAGCCAGUGAGCUUGAAUACGGCGCAGAACGAGAGGAGAAACUUAAAAAAGCACUUGAGGCAGCUACAGUGAGAAUAAAGACAUUAGAAGAAAAUAUUGAAGCAGAGAGAGCAGCACAUCUGGAAUCCAAAUUCAGUUCUGAAAUCAUUCAGUUAAGGGUUCGAGACCUUGAAGGGGCUUUGCAAGUGGAAAAAGCCAGCCAAGCAGAAGUUCUCUCAGAUUUGGAAAUGAUCAAGAAAGAGUUCAAAGAGGUAGAAAAUGCAUAUGAGAGAGAGAGACAUAAUGCCCAAAAGAGCUUGGAGAAACUUAAUAAGUUAGAAAGAGAGUACUUUUCUACAAACAAGCAACUAAGCGAAGAGAUCAAGGAAAAGAAGAAAGUAAUUACAGACCUCUCUGUGAGACUUCAGGAUAAUGAAAAACAUUGCCAAGAAUUACAGGAAGAUCUUGCAAUGGCCAAGAAACACCAGUCCUUCUUAACAGAUACAUGUGAAAACAACCUAAGAGAGCUCGAGUUACUCUUGGACAGCUUUACUAUGUCAAGCCAGCGGACAGCAGGCACUUGCAAGGACAAAGAUAAACCUCCAAGCCUCUCUGUUGUCCUUGAGACUUUGAGGCAUACCUUGACAGAUUACAAGAACAAGCUGGAAGACUCAUCUAAUGAGCUAAAAAAAAUUAAAGCUUCUUGUGAAAAGAUGACAGAAGAGCUUGAUUCAUUCAAACAGAAAUUAGGGUCUCAAAGUCGAGACCUUGAGGAAGCUUGGAAUAACCUGACUGAUGCCAAUAAAGAGUUAAAUCAUUUGCGCACUAAAUGUGCAGACAGAGAGUCUUUAAUAGGCACUUUAAAAAUGGAACUACAGAAUGUACUGCACUGCUGGGAGAAAGAGAAAGUGCGUGCCACAGAUUCUGAAAAUGAAAUCCAGAAGCUUACCAGGGCUUACCAGAAGGAUACAGAGGAGAAGCUAACCUUCCUUCACACUUUAUAUCAGCAUUUGGUAGCAGGCUGUGUGCUUAUAAAACAACCAGGAGGCAUGCUGGAUAAAUUCUCCUGGCCUGAGCUUUGUGCAGUCUUACAGGAGAAUGUUGAUGCCCUGAUCUUAGACCUCAACAGGGCUAAUGAGAAGAUAACUCAUCUAGAAUAUAUUUGUAAGAAUAAGUCUGAUACCAUGAAGGAGCUUCAGCAGACACAGGAAGACACUUUUAACAAAAUGGCUGAACAGAUGAAAGCACAAGAAAGCUGUUGGCAGAGACAGAAAAAGGAGUUGGAGCAGCAGUACUCUGGACUCCUUGGGGAAAUUCAGGCAAGGGCACAGAAAUAUCAAGAAAUGGCAGAAAAAAACAAGGAAAAAAUUUCUGUGAUUGAAAACGUGCGGGAGAAGUUGGUCCUUGAACAUUCCCACUUGAAAAGUACGUUAACCCAGGCUCAAAAGGACUGCUCAUCUCUGCUUGCAGCCUGCGCACUAAUGGCUGGUGCCUUCUAUCCUCUAUACAGCCGAACUUGUGCCUUGUCUACACAAAGAGACUUUCUGCAGGAUCAAGUCCACACCUAUGAAGCACUCAACCAGGAAAUUAGGACUCUUGUUCAUGCUUUGUCUGGCAUAGAGGAAAAGAAGCAAGAUGAACUGAAGAUAAAGAAAAAACACUUCAAAGGCAUGAUAUGUGUAUUCCGGAAAGGUGUUAUUGCAGUUCUGGCAGCAAACAGGCUUAAAAUUUUGGGACAGUCAUGUAGUUCUCUUUUCUCCUGGGUAGAUGGUUUCAGAGAAGGUGUAGGAAUCCUUGUUUGCAUAGGACAGUCCAAGGACAAGUUUGAUCUGCCAAAACCUCAAAAGGAACAGUUGCGUUGCCUUGAAGCUCUCAGCUGGUUUGCGAGUUCUGACCUCCUUGCUGCAAUAAUAACUUCUGUUGCUGAAUUACAGGAAGUUGUUGGCAAAACAGAUCCAAAUUCCUGGCUUUGUGGGCCCUUACUCAUCAGUGCAGCCAGGAAUUCUUUUUCAAAGCUCAUGGACAAAUUUAACAUAAUAAUGGAGACUAUACAACUGGAUAACAGCAGGAGCAUUACGUAUAUAGAGAAGGACUCCUUGGUGCAGAGACUAGCUUGUGGACUUCAUAAAAUAAAUGCACAGGCCCUGAAAGCUGGAUUAAAUGAAAGAGUACCCAUUACGAAAAGCAUAGCAUCUCUGCAGAAGCAAAUAUUUGAAUUUACACAAAGGCUGCAUACAGCAGAAGUGGAACGUCGUUCACUCCGCUUAGAACUUGCAGAAUUCAAACGGAAUUUGAAUGAGAUGAAAAAAGAGGCUGACAAAGCCCAGAACCUGCAAGAGCAAUUAAAUGCGUUUAAGCAAUCUAAACUGAUCACCCAUGAGAGGUUUGAAAGUGCAUGUGAAGAAUUGAAUAAUGCAUUACAUCGAGAGCAGCAGGCACAAAUGCUUUUGAAUGAGCAGGCGCAACAGCUGCAAGAGUUAAAUUACAAACUAGAAUUGCACUCCAGAGAAGAAGCAGACAAAAACCAAACCCUAAGUGAAGCUGUAAAGAGUCUCUCCGAGGCAAAGAUGGAGCUGAGAAGAAAAGAUCAAUCUCUGCGUCAGCUCAAUAGACAUCUUACCCAGCUGGAGCAGGACAAGCGUCGACUAGAAGAGAGCAUCCAUGAUGCAGAGAGUGCCCUCCGCAUGGCAGCAAAAGAUAAAGAAUUAAUUGCUAGUUACAUGAAAUCAGUGGAAGCCAACCUUCAAAAGGUCAGAGAUCAGAUCUCGCUGUCACGGACUGCGGCAACCAGGAAUGACUUCACCCUGCAGCUACCCAAACUGCACCUGGAGACCUUUGCAAUGGAAGGGCUGAAGGGCGGGCCAGAGGUUGUAGCAUUUCAGGCUAUGGUUAAGAGUUUUAUGAAUGUCUACCAACUUGCAAGCUCCAGAGUCGCUACACUAGAGAGAGAAAUAGCAUCUCAUCGACAUCACAUUACAGUUCUGAAAUCAGAGCUCCAAACAGCUUGUCUUCGUGAACAUGAAAGCUUACAAUCAGUUUUUUUUUUUAUUUACUCCAGAGUUCACAGGACAGUUCAAACAUCACCAUGGCUUCCAGAUCAGUGCUUCAGCCUGAUCAGAGCUGUAUUCCAGAUUUCUUGCCAUUGCAAGCUGAGCCAGAUACAUCGUACAGCUUUACACACAAUAGACCCCCUUCUCAAUCUUCAUCCUUUUCCUCUUCCCUGAAUGUCUUGGCUAGCCCCAAAAGGACUGUACAGAAUGGAUUUUAAGAUUCUUUGUGCUGUAUUACUAAAAGAACAGGUUGUAUCAACAUUAAAUGAUGCAAUUAAAAUAUUUUAUUGGGA